GACAAGAGAGCUUUGCUGUCUCCAAAGAGCCAACUCCUGAGUCCCAAUAGCUGCUGUGGACAGAAAGAGCCGCCAACAAGGAGGGGUCUUCAUCGGAGCCCGCAGGCACCCGGGAGGGGGGGACAACUCGGUCUUCAUGAGGAGCAGCGCCGCUGUCUCCAGCUCUGUGACACACAGGAAGGGCAGGGGACCCUCAGAUGCGAGAGCAGCACACACUAAGGUGAUGUUCUCGCACCUUCUCCCACAAAUCUAAGGCGACGACGGCUCCUGGACGCUGGACAUGGGAGACGGCAGAGCUGCUCUCCGUGUGUGAGAACCAUUAACUUGUGCUUCUCUGGCGUGCCAAGAAGGGAGGACUUCCCGACGUGUGUGUUUCGAGGUGCCGAAGGCCACGUGAUCAGAGGCGCGCACGGCAGAAGAGCAGCGGGAGCCCGGCAGCAUGGCCAACUCGGGAAUCCAGCUCGUCGGAUACUUCCUGGCCCUGGUCGGAUGGAUCGGCAUCAUCUCCACCACCGUUCUGCCGCAGUGGAAGCAGUCGUCCUACGCCGGCGACGCCAUCAUCACGGCCGUGGGGCUCUACGAGGGACUCUGGAUGUCAUGCGCCUCCCAGAGCACCGGACAGGUUCAGUGCAAGGUGUUCGACUCCCUCCUGUCACUGGAUGUCCACAUCCAGACGUCCCGCGGUCUCAUUGUGCUGGCCAUGAUCCUGGGCUUCGUCGGCGUCGUCAUCAGUGUGGCGGGCAUGGAGUGUACCAGGGUGGCGGACAACAACCCCCCCAUCAAGACCAGGAUCGCCAUUUCCGGGGGGGCUCUCUUCAUCCUCGCAGGUCUCUGCACUUUUGUGUCCGUGUCCUGGUACGCCAGUCAGGUAUCCCAGCAGUUCUUCAACCUGAACACACCUGCGAACGCCAGGUAUGAGUUUGGCUCCGCCCUUUUUGUGGGUUGGGCGGCGGCCAGUUUGACGAUACUGGGCGGGGCUUUGCUGUGCUGCUCGUGCGGCCCUGACGACAGGGCGGGACAGCAGUACUACCGGCACUCGCAGUCCCAGGCCUCCACCACCAGGGAGUACGUCUAACGUCAAGUGGACACUCCAUGGACACCGGUGCCCAGUUGGCAGCCUAACGGCGUCCCUGUUUAAUUCAUCCUAACACACACACACACACACACACACACACACACACACACACACGCAUACACACAGAAAGUGACGCGAGAACACAUGCACAAGCCCAUGUUCCGCUAAAAUAAUGCAGGGAUAACAAUAAAGGAAGAGUAUAGAAUUUAAGUGAGAUUUAACAAUGUGUUAAAGAGAAGAAAAGCUACGUUUUUGCGGACUUUACCGUCGCACUGCUUACGAAUUUUCGCCCAAAUGAUGCCGGCCUUUGACAAACACCCCGUGUGGAAGGAGGCUCAUACAGCACCUGUUUGUUUAAAGAGAACUUUUUUUAUUCUAAGCUUUUCAAAUAUUUAUACUUUUUUUUUUUGGUGGCUAUAACAAAGUAAGCACUUAAGUUAUUUGUACUAGUGUAACUUCAUUAAACGCAGUUUUUCUUAGUAUAGCUAAAUAUGUUUCAAAAUAACCUCCAAAGUAUUUCACAAGCUCUUUCUUUGCUAAUAAGCCACAUCUUUUUCAAAUAGAGGAAUAAAGGAGUAAAAAGGUAUCUAAGGAGUAGUGAGAUAGAUGACCACAACAGACUAAAAUGGUAAGCUUUUGGAUUAAUUGUAUUUUCAAAUAAAUCUGUAUAAUUGUUUUAAAUAAAAGUGUGAAUUACUGAAGGGGAAGAGGAAGAACGGUCUUGAACAGUACUGAUUCUGAUUUUUCCUUUGGAAUAACAUACAGAAAAUAUCACUCUCGUUCAUUUUUGCAAAUGCAAUACUUUGGUUUUUCUACUCCACGGAUGGAUUCUUCUAAACCAACAUAUGGAAUCGGUCAUUAUGCACCUAUUAUGACGUUACUAUGUUUCUCAUUAAACAAGGAUUUUGUGGUAAAACUAAGGGACACAGGGAGUUGACACAAUUUCAAGCAGAACUCUAAGUGUGCAAAUUAAGGCUCCAGGUUAUUCGUUUUCUUCAUCUGUUUUUUCUUUUUCUUUCAUUUGUUACUGCCCAAAAUUUUGGUUGGCAGCGACAAUUUACUGAGGUCGACGCUCAUGUGCUCCCAUUGCUUACUAGAAAUGACUAGAAAUUACAAGUGUUAAUACUGGUGAUUUUUAACGUUGAUUUUGGAAAUGCGAAUAAUAGCAGAUUCUCACACCCAAGUUGAACACACUGGUUUCAAGGUUUCCUGCAUUUCCCAGAACAUGCGAAAAUGUCUCCAGGGAGUGGUCAAAUUACGGGAUCCUGCUUUGUUUCCAAACCAGAAAUUCCUGCAUGGAACCAUUUAUAGUUUUUGAAAAACAAUUUUGCCUAUGUUUACUACUGCAAAUAGCUGCGAUUUUGUUUUGAAAUAAAGCCAGAUUUUGAAAAUACUAGAAUUUGUUGUACUUUGAUACUGAAACCCAGCACAGAAUCAUGCUAAAGACUGACCCUUAAUACAGGAAUGUCCUUGUCCUUUUAGAGUGUAAAAUUACUCCUAUUGUGGAGUUUGCAGCAG